AUGAAAAAUGAUUAUUAUUAUAAAUUAUAAUAAUAAUAAUUUGUUUCAAAUAUUUAUUUAUAUAUAAUCUAUCUAGAAUCAUGCUUAGAUAUUUUUAUAAUUUAUUAAAAUACUUAAUACACUAAAUUAAAAUUAUUCAAAUAAAAAAAUGCAUCUAUUUUGAUAAUAUUUUUUUUAAAAAGAAAAUACAUAUGUAUAUAUAUUGAAUUUUCUAAUUUUAUUUUUUUAAAUUUUAUAUUUUUUAAAAUUUUUUAUCUUAACAUUUAAAUAAAAUAACAUAUUAAAAAUGUCAAUAAGAACAUUAUUAGAUAUAGUAAUCCAUGUAUAAAAUUUUAGAAAUAUAGAUUUAUUUUAUCAAGGCUUGUAUUUUUUAAAAUUUACAAUUUAUUAAAAUUUACCAAAAGAUUAAGUAAAGAAAAUAUAUCAAAUAUAAAAUAAAAAUAAAUAAAGAAAUGUUAUGCUCAUCCAUAUAAUUUAAGUGAAAACUACAAACCGUACUAAAACGAUAUAGAAGUAUCAAAAUAAUAGAAGUUUAGCGAUUCUUAGUUAUUUAGGCCUUCAGGGAUAGUUGACUAAACAAGUUCCUUUUAUACAAAAUCCUUUUUUAUUAAAUUUUGUGAAGAAGAAGUCGAACUUAAUGACUUUUGUCAUUUUAGAUAUGAAGUAGAUGUAGAUUAAAAUAAUGAAAAUAUAGAACUUUUUAUGGAUGUAGAAUUAAUGUUUUUUGAUUGCAUGAAUUUAAAUAACAAUAAUAAAGAAACAAAUAAUUUAAAUUAAAAUAUUGGAAAUAAAUAAUAAUUGAAUAAUAUUAAUGAAAUUAAUUAAUAAAAAGAUUAAAAUAAUAUCGAUAAUAAUAGUGAAGAAUGUUGUUUGUUUAAUGAUAGUAAAUCUUUAUAAACUUUAAAAUAUAAAAUAGUUGAUACAUUUGAAGGUAUUCAUGAAUUUAUUCCAAUUCUAUUUGAAGAAUAAAAUUUUUGUGUUGCUAAUAUUAUUUUUCAUUCAGUUAAAUUGGAUUAUAGGUUUCGAGUUAUUCCUAUGUAAAUUUCUGAAUUUGCAAGAAUGAAACCUGAAGAAAGAAUAGCCUUAAUGGAAAACUAAAAAAGUUAAAAUAUUCAAAAAAACCUUUCUGUAUAUGAACUCUUAUAAAAGUAAUAUGGAUAAAUUGAUUAUAAAGGAAUGUAUAAUUUGUUUGUUGAAAAUUUAAAAAAAAGCUACAACAAAUUGCUUAAUCAUCAUGAAAAAAUGAGUAUAACCUCCAAGUAAAUUAAUAACUCCAGAAUAUGUUACAUAUGA